AUGCUGUCCCCCGGCCUCUCCCUCUCUCUGCUGGCCGCCUCCUGCGCCCUGUGGCCGGCUCCCCUGGUCCGGGCCGCGGCCUGCGAGUCGGUCCGGAUCCCGCUGUGCCGCUCGAUGCCCUGGAACAUGACGAAGAUGCCGAACCACCUCCACCACAGCACCCAGGACAACGCGGUGCUGGCCAUCGAGCAGUUCGAGGGGCUGCUGGGUACUGGCUGCAGUCCGGACCUGCUCUUCUUCCUGUGCGCCAUGUACGCUCCCAUCUGCACCAUCGACUUCCAGCACGAGCCCAUCAAACCCUGCAAGGCGGUGUGCGAGCGCGCCAAGUCGGGCUGCGAGCCGGUGAUGAAGCGCUACAACCACAGCUGGCCCGACAGCCUGGCGUGCAGCGAGCUGCCGCUGUACGACCGCGGCGUCUGCAUCUCACCGGAGGCCAUCGUGAAGGCCGAGGGGCCAGAUCCGUACUACCAGGACCCAGCCAGGUGUAAUCCAGAAUCCAGUCCAGACUUCCCAAUGGAUUCCAACAACCUCCACUGCAGAGGGCCGAGCCGAGAUCGCUGCAAAUGUAAAACCGUCAGAAUGGUUUUGAAAACCUACCUGAGGAACAACUACAACUACGUGAUCCGGGCCCGGGUGCGGGAGGUGAGGAACCGGGGUCUGGAGCCCACAGCGGUGGUGGAGGUGAGGGAGGUGCUCAAGUCUUCCUUGGUCAACAUUCCCAGAGAGACGCAGACGCUCUACUACUCGUCCUCCUGCCUGUGUCCUCCUCUGACUCCUGGGGAGGAGUACCUCAUCAUGGGCUAUGAGAACGAGGAGACGUCCAGGCUGCUUCUGAUCGACAGCUCCAUCGCUCAGAGGUGGAAGGACAAGAUGAGCAGGAAGAUCAAGAGAUGGGACCAGAUCCUGCAGGGCAAAGGUCGAGGAGGUCAGCGUGGGGGUCGCCAGUGA